ACGUCUGGAUUGUGAGAAAAUGUUCAGUCAGAAUUCUACAGUGGGGAUACACAGGAGAACUCACACAAGAAAGAAACAAUAUGAAUGUCUGGAUUGUGGGAAAAAAUUCAGUCAGAAUUCGAUGCUGGUGAAACACCAAAGGACUCACACGGGAGAGAAACCAUAUGAAUGUCUAUAUUGUGGGAAAUGUUUCAGUCUGAAUUGGAACCUUGUGGUACAUCAGAGGAUUCAUACAGGAGAAAAACCAUAUGAGUGUCUGGAUUGUGGGAAAAGUUUCAAUCACAAAUCCCACCUCGUGAAACACCAGACCAAGCACACAGGAGAGAAACUGUAUUGUUCAGAUUGUGGGAAAGGUUUUAGUUGCAAUUCCGACCUGGUAGUACACCAGAGGACUCACACAGGAGAAAAACCAUAUGAGUGCCCAGAUUGUGGAAAAAGUUUCAGUCGGAAUUCCAACCUUAUAGAACACCAGAGGACUCACACAGGAGAGAAACCAUAUCAGUGUCCAGAAUGUGGGAAGGGUUUCAAGCGUAAUUCCAAGCUGGUGAUACACCAGAGGACUCACACAGGAGAGAAACCAUAUGAGUGUCAGGAUUGUGGGAAGAGGUUCAACCAAAAUUACAAGCUGGUGGUACACCAGAGGACUCACACCGGAGAAAAACCAUAUGAGUGUCUGGAGUGUGGGAAAAGUUUCAGUGAGAAUUAUUACCUGGUGAUACAUCAGAGAAAUCACACGGGAGAGAAACCGCAUAAGUGUCCAGACUGUGAGAAAAGUUUCAAUUGGAAUUCCGAACUUUUGGUGCACCAGAGAAUUCACACAGGAGAGAAACCAUACAAGUGUCCUGAUUGCGGGAAAGGUUUCCAUCGAAAUUCUGAGUUAAUGAAACAUGAGAGGACUCACACAGGAGAAAAACCAUUUGAGUGUCAGGAUUGCAGGAAAAGAUUUAGUCACAGCUCCAGCCUGGUGAUACACAAGAGGACUCACACAGGAGAAAAACCAUAUGAGUGUCCGGAUUGUGGUAAAGAUUUCAGUUGUAGGUCUAGCCUUCUAAAUCAUGUAAGGUUACACAUAGGAGAGUAACCAUUCAAAUCCCCAGAUUGUGGACAGCACAAAAUUCCUCCCUUAUCACAGAAGAAAUCCCACAUGUGGAUAAA